AUACUGUAUAAGAAUUAGAACUUCUAUUUAAUUUUUCAACAGGUGAAUGAAACAGCACCUCUAGACAAGGUCUGCCUGUUAGGCUGUGGUAUUAGUACUGGAUAUGGUGCUGCUCUCAACACUGCCAAGGUAGAGCCAGGUUCAAUUUGUGCUGUGUUUGGGUUAGGAGCAGUAGGAUUAGCUGUAGCUAUGGGUUGCAGGGCAGCAGGUGCCAGUAGAAUCAUUGGCAUCGACAUUAAUAGUGAUAAGUUUGAACCUGCCAAGCAGUUUGGAGUCACUGAAUUUAUUAACCCAAAUGAUCAUGAUAAGCCAAUUCAAGAAGUUUUGGUUGAGAAGACAGAUGGAGGCUGCGACUACACAUUUGAGUGCAUUGGAAAUGUUAAAAUAAUGAGAGCAGCUCUGGAAGCUUGCCACAAAGGUUGGGGAGAAAGUGUUAUAAUUGGAGUUGCAGCAGCUGGCCAAGAGAUCUCCACUAGACCCUUCCAACUGGUGACUGGACGUGUCUGGAGAGGAUGUGCCUUUGGAGGCUUCAAGUCUCGUGACUCUGUGCCACAACUCGUUGAGGACUACAUGAAGAAGAAAAUUAUGGUGGAUGAGUUUGUAACCUUUACCAAGCCACUUGAGGAAAUAAACGAAGGAUUCCAUUUAAUGCAUGCUGGAAAAGCACUCAGGACUGUUAUCAAUAUGUUUUAAAGUUUUGGUAACUGUGUAUUGAAUAAUUAUUAUUAAAAUUAAACAAAACUUAUGGCAGUCACUCUGUAGCAAUUUUAGAGCCUGUUUAGAAUUUUUUAUAAGCUCUCUUGACUAAGCCAAUUCACUGAUCAUGCUAGUGCUUUUUUUUUUUUUUUUGUUGUAACAACUUUGGAUUAUACCAUUCUUAAUAAAAGCAUAUUAAUA